UGUACUUUUACUCAAGUAUCCCUUGAAAGUAGUUAAGUCGGCAGGUUCGUACGGGCUAAUCAGCGCUGAUUGACAACAGCCGUGUUAGUCACCAAUGAGAUGUUUUAAAAACCCUCAUGAAACACAGGUGGUGUCUUUCUGUUGAAGGCUGAAACAAUGGCUGCUGUUGGGGCGUUGUUGGUUUGUGUGCUGAGCAUCUGGAUUUUUGAAGGCUCUUGUUUACCACUUGGUGGAACAACUGAAUUACAUGGAAAUGGCGUAAACAUGAAAAUGGAAGAGCAGUUUACUAAUGAUAUUGACAUAAAGAAGGCCCUGGGACUCUUCCAGUCAAUGGAGGCCAUGUUGAUGGAUUCUGCUAAAGAAGUGCUACUGGAAACAAAUGAAGUGGAAGUGUUGGUUGGCCGCCCAAUAACUGCACACAUGGCCCGCCUUGAUGAUGCAGAGGUGGGCAGCAAUGAGACAGCCCUGUCCGACUACCAGGCUGGCAGUGACAACCCCACCAACAAGACAGCCCUGUCCUGCCAACAGGCUGGCAGUGACAACCCGAUCAGUGUGACGGCCCUGUCUGACCAACAGGCUGGCGGCGACAAGAAUGUGACGGCCCUGUCCGACCAACAGGCUGGCAGCGACAACCCGACCAAUGUGACGGCCCUGUCCGACCAACAGGCUGGCGGGGACAACCCCACCAAUGAGACAGCCCUGUCCGACCAACAGGCUGGCGGCAACAACAGCACUUCCAGUGGUUGGCCCAAACAAAGUGGUAAGGAGGUUGUUGGAAAAGCUACACAGGAGAUUGAAGAUGAUUCAGCAGUGGUUAGAAAAAGUAGAGACACUUCAGAUUUGGGAAUCUUGGGAGUGACUCAUCUGCAUCCACAUCAGAGUCAUUCAUGAUCACCAUACAACAUGUAUAACAAAGGGGGGGUAGGUUUUAGGAACCAUGCAAGAGUCCAUUGGGCAUCUAAUGGCCCUUUUCUACUAACACUAGAGCACAAUCAGUCAAGAAAUGCUUUGACAUGUUUCUACAGUUUAUUGACGUUAGUUGAUUCUGUCAUUUAUAUUCAUGUGUAGAGUGAGCCAGUUCUGGACAGUUUGGCACAGUUCUAGUGGAAAAGGGGAUAAGAUGUAUCUGCAUGUACCAAUUUAUCUGUCUCUGCUUUGAAUAAAACUCUAAAAACUA